CAACGAACAAUCAGUCUCAAGUGAACACUUGAAUCGACCAAAUCUCUGUGCAAGAGCUCGUUUCGUUUCGGAAGUUUUUCUUUUCAUCAACAACAACAAAGUAUCGUGCGUUGAAAAUUUAUCGGUGUGAUAUUUCAUAUCCCCGAAAACAAUAUGAAUCGAAAGACAAUUUUCGCCUUGAUUUUUUGCAUCCUAGCCGUUCGGCUAAGCAAGGGAAAGGGAUCGUACAUUGCUGUCGCACCCAAGACCAUACGACCGAAUAGUGAAUAUGCCGUUAGUGUUACCCUACCGGAAAAUACCGUACCAGCCUUGGCGGAAGUUUCCAUCACCUCGCCAACGUACAAUGCCAGCCAAACUAUCGAAUUCGAAGACUACAAAACCUCUGUGGCACGCUUCAAUACACCUCCGAAUCUGAACAAUGGCACCUACACCUUGAAGGUGCGCGGUCUUAGCGGUGUGGAGUUUUUCAACUCAACCGAUUUGAUUUACGAAAAUGGUGAUAAUGCAAUGGAAGUUGUGACUGAACAACCAGACGAAACUCUGAAAAAUAUCACCGCUAAGCGUUUCGGCCCCUUGAAGUUGAACUUUAAACGGGAAGUACGUCGCGUUGCCAAUGAUCGAUUGAUUAAAAUCAAUGCCACGGAGCCAAUUAAAUAUGCUAUCGCCGAUGUAAUGGCCAAUGGCAAAAUUGUUAAGCAUCAAUAUUUCAAUAUCGGCGGAGAACAUACCACUGACUAUAUAACCAUAACACCCACCACGGACAUGAUACCCAAGGCCAAUAUUUUUGUUUAUUACAUACAAAAUGAUACCCUGAUAUGGAGAGAUCUGACAAUGUUUUUUGCCAAUACAUCGGACUGUGAGAACAAUAACACUGAAUACCACCGCCUGUUACUGGGAAAUGAUGAAGACAAUUCGGAAUUGACAACACCAACCCAAUUACCUGGUGAACAAUCCGGUUUGUUAACUCUAACUGAUGCUAAUUAUGGAACGGAGCGCAGUAAGUAAUCAGAAUCCAAUAUAA